AAACAUUGAUGUUAAUGAUGGUACCAUGGAUAGUGGCCGUGGUGGUCACUCCGUUAAUUAGUUUUUGUUUUUUACCAUCGAGUCUGGCAAUGUCAGAUGAAAUGAAAGAGUUGGCCCAAAUGCUUCAUAAGACUUGUGUGGAUGAAACUGGAGUAGCAGAAGAACUGAUCGAAAAAGUCAACAAAGAAAAAGUCUUUGUAGAUGACGAAAAUCUAAAAUGCUAUGUCAAAUGCUUGAUGGCUCAAAUGGCUUGCAUUGACGAUGAUGGAAUUAUAGACGAAGAAGCCGUAAUUGCAGUAUUGCCGGAAGAAUUCCAAGCAGAAGCUACGCCCGUUGUCCAUGCUUGUGGCACAAUAAUUGGUAAAAAUGCUUGUGAAAAUGCUUGGCUCACUCAUAAAUGUUAUCAAGAAAAAGCUCCAGAUGGUUACAUUUUAGUUUAAACGAAGAUAAAAUUGUUUAAGUAUAGGGGAUGCUCCAUUUAAUUGCACCAUUACUGAGUUUCCUGAGAUACCUAGCUUAGAUUUAAUGCUUUCAUACAUAUUUUAUUCCCACUACAAUAAAAAUAAUUCGAUAGUUG